CUAGUCUAUGAUGCUUCAGCUAAGCUAAAAAACGAGAAAAGCUUGAAUGAGUGCUUAUACAGAGGUCCGAACAUGCUGGAAGACCUUACAGGAUUGAUACUGAAAUUUAGAAUUGGGAAAAUUGCUAUCACUGCCGAUGUUGAAAAGGCUUUUCUUCAAGUUGGUCUACAAGAAGAGGACAAGGAUGUAACCAGGUUUCUCUGGGUCAAAGAUUUGAAUAAGGAACUGACUGAAGACAAUAUCAUGCAAUAUAGGUUCUGCAGAGUGCCUUUUGGAGUAAUAUCAAGCCCUUUUCUCUUAGCGGCAACAAUUCGAUAUCACAUUUCAAGGACUAACAAAAGUCUUCUUCCAGUGAUAGCAGAUAAAUGUUAUGUAGACAAUUUAGUGACGUCAGUUCAAUCAAGAGAAGAGGCUCUCAAUUUGUAUGCUCAAACAACAAACUCAUUUAAAGAAUUAGGAAUGAACAUACGAGACUGGAUGUCUAAUGACAAAGAUUUUGUAGACAAGAUUCCCAAACAAAAGAGAGCUAAACAGGAAAGUGAAAUGAAGAUCCUCGGUUUGGUAUGGAAUUUGGAAAAUGACACUCUACGGCUCAAAAUGAAUAACGAAACCUUUGAGAGCGAGAUCACAGACAGAGGCAUUACAAAGAAAGGAGUCUUGAGAGUGCUGGCACGUCUGUAUGAUCCAUGCGGCUUUGUAUCACCGCUCAUGCUACCAGGAAAACUCUUGUUCCAGGAGAUUUGCACUAGAAAGUUUAAAUGGGAUGAGAUUCUGCCUGAAGACUUGUCGACAUCAUGGAGGAGCAUAAUUGAGAAUUUAAAAGCUGUUAAGAAUGUAGAACUGCCAAGACAUGUCGCAAGUGGAUCAAAGUCAGAAUGCACGAAGUAUGAACUACAUUGCUUCACUGACGCAUCUAUGAAUGCAUAUGCAGCAGUCGUUUAUCUGCGAGUCAUAACUGAAAAGCAAGUAUCAACUUCUUUUCAUGUCAAAAUGUAGAGUAACACCAGCAGA